UUGAAGAUCAGCGCAAAGAUGUGCGAAACUUCCGGCGUUAAUAAAUCACGUGAUAUUUUCGUGGGCGACAUGAAGGAAGGAAACUGGACAGCAGCCAUCAUUUAAAAGGAGGAGAUCUGAGGCAAAAAUGGAGUCAGAAGAUGGAGGUGUGGAUCUGACCUCACAUGAGAAAGCAGCAGGUGUGUGUGCGAUCCUUGAGCCUCAGCAUCUGGAGGAUUUGGUGUUAGUGAAUAAGGAGUGUGUAGAGAAACUGAGUGAGGGUCUGAUCUCACACUACCUCCCAGAUCUACAGCACUCCAGAGAUACACUGCAGGAACUAACACUUAAUCAGGAUGUACUGCUCGACACUCUGGAACAAGAAAUAACCAAGUUUAGAGAAUGUAACUCCAUGAUCGAGCUCAACGCUCUGUUCACAGAGGCUAAAGUGUAUCACAGUAAGCUGGUGAACAUACGCAGAGAGAUGAUCAGCCUGCAUGACAGAACAUCCAAACUGCAGAAGCGAGCUCUGAAGCUGCAGCAACAGAAACAGAAGGAGGAUCUGGAGCGAGAGCAGCAGAGAGAGCGAGAGCUGGAGAGAGAGAGACAGCUCAUUGCCAAACCAGCCAAACGCACCUGAACACACACGCGCACACACACACACACACACACACACACACACACACAGACACACACACAGUGUUUGUUUUUCUGGAUGUCGUCCUCAGCCCUGACCGUGUCUCAUGGUCAGGAUCAGAACUCCGUCUGUCCACUAGAUGGAGUCAGAGAUCUAAUUUAACGCAACAAAUUAUUAGAUUAAUUUAUGAACAUCAGAUUUCUUUAGAAUUUAUGUAAUAGACUUAAAUACUGUAUUUGUUCUCUGCUUUUUGGCACGUUUUGUUUUGAUGUAAAAACUUAUUGUACAUGGAAAAUACUUUUAAAAGAUUUUGUUCUAAACCACUUUGUAAACCUUUAUUAGUGAAAAUAAUAAAUCUGAGGAGGGAAAA